CAGGUACACAUUCAAAUGAGAGAAAUUCAUUCUAAGAAAAUAAACUCUCAAAGUCAAUAAUACAACUGUGCAACGGGUGGUAUAUAACUGCUUGACUAAGGUUAUCAUCGGUGACAAAAAUCAACGGCGCCUUAGGGCGAUUCAUACAAGAUAUUCCGGGCGCCGUAAAGAUUCUUCACAAUGGCUUCUCAACCAGACGGGAAUACUGUCUUCAUGACCGAGCAAGAAGCCGAGCGUAUCCGGAAUAUGGUCAAAAACAGAUCAAAAAAAUGUUCCGAACUUACAGGUAACGCGCGGGAACCAAAGGACUUAACAGGUGCAAAACAACAGGCAACCGGCGCCUCCCUUAUGGUAGACAUGGGCGCUCCCGAUGCGGACUUGGCCCAAACGAAGGGUCAAGGAGGAUCAUUCCCCGUCCUCCCUGUAGGACAGCCAUAUCCGCCAUGUAUCGUCCCGCUCCAAGGCCUACAACCCAUAAAGCUCACCGAUCUUAAAAUGAAUACCCACCAUCGCGGCCAUUACCUCACUAUCAAACGUAUAAGUCCAGUGGUCACCCUUUUAGCUAGGUCAUGGGCAAUGGUGCAAGAUGAAGAGGAGGAGACGGAACGUUUAGAGAUAUACUUACACAAAUUGAGACACGGGAAGGAUGUCCUGGAAUCUACAUCGCAUUUCAUAAUAAAAGAACCACACUUCACUCUUACCGAUCAGGGUGAAGCAACCAUCCGAAUUGACCAUCCUUCGGAUUUAAUCAUUCGGGACGAGGCUUCUAACAACCAAAUUCAUGAUGCGGAAGUGGUAGAAAAAGCAGCGAGGAAGUGCAAAGAUAAGGGAAAUGCUGCACUUGAAAAACAGAACCUACCUUUAGCCCAUGCAGAAUACACUAAAGGCCUCAAGCUUGCUAUACAAGAUAUUGUCACUAAAUCCAACCCUGACUUGGCACGAGAUCUUGCUCGCAAUCGAGCUCAUGUCAACCUCCUCCUAAGUCAACUAGAUGAGGCCAAGAGCGAUGCGAAAUCAUCGCUUACUAGCAGGGAAGAUCAGCAAUCAAAAGAACUCGAUAGCAAAGCCUAUUUCCGCGCUGGCUCUGCAGCAUACAAUCUUGGGCAAUACCAAGAAGCAAAGAGUUUAUUCGAGCAGCAAUUAAAACUUACGCCCGAUAACAAAACCGCGAUUGCCUACUUACGAAAUAUUGAGGUGCGCCUUCGUGAGCAAGAGACUGGGGAGUAUAACUUCAAAAAGAUUAGGACUGGUCUAUCUAGAUCUCGCCCGCGUGUUGAUGCUGCAAGUUUUAUCAGAAACACAAAAGUUAAAGAGAUACCUGGGCGAGGGCGUGGCCUGGUUGCAACCCGCGAUAUUCCUAUUGGGGAGAUAGUCAUGUGCGAAAAAGCUUUCUGCGUAGUCUGGGGUCAUGAAAAAGAGGCGCUGACGGCGAUGACUUACGACAUACGGGAUGAUAGAAUCAGAGUAUCACCCGUUGGUCUAAACAAAGCGAUCGUGCAAAAGCUUCUCAACAACCCUUCCCAGACCGAAAAAGUUAUGGACCUAUUCGGCGACUACCAAGGGGAAGGCAACAAUGUGACAAGGACUGAAGAUGGUCCGGUUGUUGAUACAUUUCGAGUACAUGAUAUUAUGUCCCGGAAUGCCUUUGGUCCAGGUAACCAAUACGGGGAAGAGGGCUUAAGCAACGCUAGCACUGGUCUCUGGGUUCAUGCGGCUUAUAUAAAUCACUCGUGCAUUGCCAAUGCGAAAAAGGAAUACAUCGGUGAUCUAAUGGUACUACGUGCCAUUCGACCCAUAACCCCCAGCGAAGAGAUUUUCCAUAGUUACGACGAAUCUAGCGACUAUGAUGCUAGGCAGGCAGCGCUGAUGAACACUUGGGGCUUUGAAUGCGACUGCGCACUUUGUACUGUGGAAAAGACUGACGAUCCUGUAUUGCGGAAAAAGCGACGAGACCUAGCAAAUGAUGCAGAGGAAUUCGUAGGAACUGAAAACUGGUCGAAUGCGAAGAGACUCACCAUUUCAAAGGCGAAGCGUCUUGUGCGGGACAUUGAAAAUACGUACGAUGAGGAGAAAUAUAAGGGUCUACCUCGUAUGGCAGCACAGAGAAUCCAGGAGUGGCUCGCUUUAGCGAACCAAAAGAGCAAAAAAUAAAUAAAAGGCCACAAUAGUAAUAAAAUAGGGAUAGUUGAUCAUGAAGAAAGAGUCGUUACUUUCGUAUAUUUUCCUUAACUGUUUACUAUCCCCGUUCUUAGAGCUUUCACUAGGGAUUUGGUAAACGUCAGAGUUGGCGAUCCUUCUCCUUUCAGUCCUGCAGUACCUACAUGUAUAAGUGCUUGGGGGGUUGCCGUUGGCCGCAUAGGUACCCUCUAUUUACUAACAACAACCAACACUGCGUCAUUACAUCCCCACCUCAGCCAACUUGUUCCCUACCUAGGUAAUUACUUAUUAUUGACAGAAGUGGUAGGUUUUCGGCCACCUACACAUACCU